AGUGAUGAAAAUUUUUGUCUAUGUUUUCGCCGCUCGCUCGUUCUUUCGUGGUGGUUGACUUGACUGGUUGAUUUUGCCGCGAUUGCUUACAUCGUUGCAAUAAUCCUCUUAUGUUAUGAUUUUAGUUUAGAUUCGAUUUUUGUGUGUCAGUAAAGUUUCCAACGCAUUAUAAAUCUAUAUUCAGUUUUAAAUAUCCCGUGAAUAAAUACCUGUCAAGAUGUUUUGGGGAUUGAUAAUGGAACCUAACAAGCGGUACACACAAGUGGUGGAGAAGCCAUUCCACAUUUCACAGGCUGCGAUGGACAUCUCCACAGGGGACAAUGACCCUUGUCAAGUCAUGGUUGUGGUUGAUGGAAAGAACUUCCUAGUGUGCACACUUCAGAAAAACAAAACCAUACAAGUGCCUCUGGAUUUGUACUUUAAGGCUGGAGAUGCUGUUUCUUUCCUCACAAAUGGUAAAUGCAAUGUGCACUUAACCGGUUACCUGGACCCUGAGUUUGAGGAGGAGCUGUCUGAUGAGGAGGAGGAAGAAGAAGAGGAAGAUGUGCCAGCCCUUGUUCCCGCCAAAAACAAGAGGAAACUAGACAAUAGUAAUGAUUUAUCAGCUGCCAAAAAAGCAAAGCAAGAGAAGAAACCCAACAAGAAGCCAGCAGCAGAAGACAGCUCAGAUGAUGAGGAUAAUGAUGAUGAUCAUCUCCAGAAGUUCUUGGAUGGUGAGGACAUUGACACUGAUGAGAAUGAUGAGUCCUUUAAAGUGAACACUUCCGCUGAAGGUGAUAAUGACAGUGAUGAGGAAGAAUCAGACGAUGAGGAAGGUGAGGAAGAAGCUGAGGAUGAGGAGGAAGACGAUGAUGAGAUGGAGACAUCUGGAGGAGACACUACAUUGGACACUAGCAAGGAGGAGAAGGUAGAUGUGUCCAAAUUGACAAAGUCUCAGAAGAAGAGAUUGAAGAAGAAGCUCCGUGAGCAAGCCAAGGCCCAACCUCAAGUCAAUGGUGUUGACAAAUCCAAGAAGGCAGAUGGUCAGCAACAAAAGGCAGAGAAGAAAAAGCCUGAAACGAAAAAAGAAGAUGGCGCCGCAGAGAAGAAAGAGAAAAAGUCUCUCAGUGGUGGAGUGUCCAUCGAGGACACAAAGGUGGGAUCAGGACCUGCCGCGAAACCCGGAAAGUUCGUCACGGUGUACUAUGAAGGUCGGCUGAAGCAGAACAACAAGAUGUUUGACAACUGUCUGAAGGGCCCGGGCUUCAAGUUCCGGCUCGGCGCCAAGGACGUGAUCUCGGGCUGGGACGUGGGCAUCGCCGGUAUGAAGGUCGGCGGCAAGCGCCGCAUCGUCUGCCCGCCCGCCAUGGCGUAUGGUGCUAAAGGUUCGCCACCGGUAAUUCCGCCUAAUUCUACUCUAGUGUUUGAUGUAGAAUUGAAGAAUGUGAAAUGAAAUGUUAAAUUUUAAGCGCGUCUUUAUAAGAGUGUCAUGGACAUUUGUUACUUUUGGUUAUUGUUGAGAGGUUGCCAUUGAAUGAGAAGGAUGUGUCGUAAUUUUAAGCAUACACAGUGUGGACUAUCUGCAAUUUGCGUUACGAUUUAUUUGUUUACUGACAUCUGUUUAUCUUAUCAUAUUCGUAAAAUAUGUUGCAGCUAUUCCAUAUUUGCUAUUUUAUAAGUUCAGUGUAAGAUAAAAUGUAAGAAUGAAACUGGACAUUAUUUUUAAAAUAAGAUUUCUGACUCCAUAAAUUGAUAGUCAUAUAUAAGUAUGGAUAAAUAAAUUGUAUCACCUUUCAGUACAGGAAUACAUGUGUAUGAAUAUAA